UAAAUGUUAGACACAAUGAUGUAUAGCAUGACCCACUUGCCAAUUGUGCUUAAAUGAUUAUUUUUGCACAAAUUUCCAUCAAAGCUCUGAUUUCAUGCUCAAGGAUGAAAUCCUCCAGGCAAUCAAAGAAGCAGCAGCUUCAACAGAGAGGAUGCAGGGCCUUGUGCUGCAGUUGCAGGCUUAGCGUGUCUUCUUCGUCGGAGGAGGCAGAGAGCUCGAAUUCUGACCGGUUCCCCUCGAUAUCAAGCCUAGCACAUGCCAUGGUUCAAGAAAGAUUGGACCAAAUGAUUAGAGAAAGGCAGGAGGCAAGAAAUAGUAUUAAUGCGGAGAGAAGAAGGCACAGAGGUACAGAGGGGACUAAGUUCGUAGUAAUGGUUGCCAUGGAAAAAUGCUCGUAUGAUCCAAGAGAGGAUUUUAAAGAAUCCAUGGUGGAAAUGAUAAUUGCGAAUCGGAUUCAAGAUCCAAAGGAUCUUCGCAGCCUCUUAAAUUACUAUGUUUCAAUGAAUUCGGAGGAGUAUCAUGGUAUUAUAUUGGAGGUCUUUCAUGAAGUCUGUACUGAUUUAUUCUUAUAUUGUAAAUGCCAUUGAU